CGUUUCGGUCUACCAGCCACGUGCAGUCAGAUAGACCGAGUUAGUGUGUGGAGAAAUGACGCGCGGUGAAUUACUGUUUCAUUUAAACGGCUAUAUCAGUGGCAUUUGAUUAACAAUAGAGAUGAUUGAAAAACAUAUCUACGAACUACGGCAAUAGAUUUUUUAUGCUCUUUAUCGUGUUUAUGACAUAACGAGUACGCUACUUGUCGAUCUUAUUUGUGGCGCCAACUAUGAAUACACGGACAAAACUCUACUUCCCUUCGUCUAUCAGGUAAGGGAUGAAUGUAGGGACAAGAGAUAAUUGAUUUUCAAAAUUGACAAUUCAGUCAGCAUCUUUUACGAUAACCCCAUUUUUAAUAAACAAAAAGUAAGACAUGAUUAUGAUUCUCACGUGAUUCGCGAGGAGUCAAUCAUUCGCGUGAAAAAUGACUGCGGAAACCACACAACUGCAGGAAACACCUCCAGUAGCUAACAACGAUGUUGUCAGCCUGCAAAUUUCCCUUCCUCAAAUGCUCGAUCUUGCUCUCGGAACGCCGGAGAUUGGCGUGGUCAAUUUUAACAUCCUGCACAAUUUCCUUCACAUCUUAUUGCGUCAAAUAAAUUUGCAGACUGUUAAAGUGGAAUACCGCGGCGAAGACGCAGAUCGCAUUAAAACGAUGGUAACGGCCUUGAAGCCAGGACCUGCUCUUCAGCUUCACGAGUAUAGCAUUACCGAUGGUACUGGUAAAAUAAUGCAACCAAUUGAGAGAGAAGAAUUAGAUGUUGAAGUACUCGCAGAAGGUGCUGAACCACCUACGGAGACCGAUUUGAAAGUUACAAAGGGCGUAAAGCACCAUAUAGGACCCGGAAAGAACGACGAAGCUGAGACGGUCAUAUUUGUGGAACCUGUCGUAAAUGGUGCUCCGCCUACGGCACUAGCGUUCAAAAAACUCGAGCAAUCUGUGAAUCAGCUGCAGCAGCAGUAUCAAGCUUUAGAAGAAUUGUCUACAACUCCGGAAGUGAUUGAACGUCUGAAAGGCAAAAUAACAGAUCCUGUCACGGACAUGUGGCAAGUUAUUAACAUCAAUAAGAGAUUGGAUGCAAACGAACAAGGUAUCGAUAAGCUUACAACAAUGAUGCAAGAUGUAAUCAAGGGUGAUAUUAGCGUAGCUCCAACAGCAGACAUGUUAUCGAUUAACGAGAGAUUGAACGAACUUGAAGAUAAAGUUUCUAAAAUGGAGCAAAAGCUCGUUUACCUACAAGCAGUCAUUGAUGCUUUAAGCAAAGAUGCACCACCAACAACGGCAAUCGACGAGAUGGAUGUGACAGAAGCAAUAGAACCUACAGCAACCUACGACGUCGAUGAAGUAACAGAAGCAACAGUAGAACCCGCGACAACCGACGAGAUACCCAAUAUGGUAACAGGAGAAAUCGAUGAAGCGUUCAUACCAUCUCAGGAAAAAGAAGAAAUAACGAAAGAAAUUUCUAAAAUAGUGCCUGACACGAAUGAUGUCAGACGGAUGACGAAUGAAAUCAGUAUAAUGGAAAUACGACGAGAUAUUGCUACAUUGAAAGAGGAUGUGAUUCAGGUACAACAAGAGUUGCAAGAUCUUAACGAGAAAGUCGCAUAUAUCGAAACAUCUGGAAAAAUGACUAUCGAUAUACCAUCGCAGCGAGAAAGGCGGGUUACUAUAGAAGCAAUUAUUACUACAUUGCAAAAAGAUGUGACUCAGAUACAGCAGGGUUUGCAAGAUCUUAACGAGAAAGUCGCACAAAUCGAAACAUCAACGGCUGUCAAUAAAGAGAGGAUAGAUGAAGUGAGUGAUGCCGCAAGCUUGGAGCGAUGCUUGGAAGCUGUAAAAAAUGUGGAGACAACACACAGCGAAGCUUUGCAGAACAUUACCCAACGAGUGGUUACAGUGGAAAAGGAAAUUGAUAAUUUGUUGGGAAAAAUAGAUAGUGUGGAAAUAAAGACAAACGACAUCGAUUUUAAAGAAUUUGUUGCGAAAGUAGAAGAAAUUGAAACAGAUAUGGAAAAACUCGGACAAACGAUGGACAGACUUCUUGAUGAGAAAGAAGAACGAGAAACACACGUUAACACACUGCUGGCACAAAUAGAAAUUCUAAAAACGAUCAAAGCAGACAAAGAGGAUCUCGAAGAUGCUUUGGCCGACAAAGCGGAUACUCAAACUGUGAAUAGAAAGGUAUCACAUGACCGGUUUGACGCUGCCUGUGAUGAUCUCACGCGUGGUCUCGAGGAGGCAAUCGACAAACUAAGCAAGCAAGAAUUAAUUUGGCAGCAAACGCUCGAUGAAAUACAAAACGAAAUUGCGAGCAAAGUAGAUAAAAUCGAAAUGACACCACUAAAAGACUUUAUACAUAAGAAAUUAAAAUCUCUUCAAGAUAAACUAAAAAUUAUUGCCGAGGCAAGACACGAGAUCGAGGCAGCUGGAACAAAAAAGAAACUGCUUAAGGAUGUUCAAUGUAUAUCGUGCAAUAAGGAUGUCGUGAUGAAGAUGGAGGAAGUUAACAGGUUUCGCACCCAUCCAUUACCUUGCACCACCAGCAUAAAGCCCUAUCUCACAUACAAGUUGGACCAAGUUAGAAAACAACAGAAAAGAUUGCCUCACAGUAGAAAUAUGAGACAAUUUGAGGCAGCGAUGCAAGAAGAAGCAAAAAAGAUGAAAACAACAAGAGAGGAAAUGCUUACAAAAGAUCAUCUCUGCAAUCGAUACUGCGGCGGCAGUCACACGAUCACGACUCCUCAACAACGCGUAACGCGGAUGGGACACUUCCUGACUCAAUGGGGACCGGAAAUUAUACAAUUAACGGACGGUUUGAUAAAAGGAAAAGACGAUCAAAUGUAUCGCAGCCGCCUGAUGCCGGCUAAGCUAGACGUUUGCGGACCGUCUUGGGAAAGCCAAAUUAGCGAGGAAACUUAUCCCCCGGAACGUAUAGCACCUGUUUCGACACCAAAUCGUAAAUCUCUUCCCACCCGACGAAGUAGCGCUGGAUUUCAAAGGCGGAGUUUAAGGAAAUCAUCGAAAGAACCGGAAAAAUAUCCGAAAAUAUUGGAACCUGCGGAAAAACCGAUUGUAGAAAUGAUAUCUCCGCUUGAAACGAUAUCUCCGCAAGAAAGCAACAACCGUGCAUUACCUAUUCCAGCUGAAUCUGCAGGACCUCAGGACGAAAUUGUCUUGUAUGAAACGGUGGAAUGAGAGAGAGGAUAAGCUAAAUAACAUAAAAAUAUACUCAGUAUAAAGAAAAUUUGUAUAAUCAACAAAACUUAAUUGUCACUUUUAGAUUUUUCUCUUUAAAACAAUAUGUAUUAUAUAAUUUUGUAAACCCUUUCAUAAAAUUUUCAUUUUACUUA